AUGUUGCCCUUCAAGCGGAGGAUCAUUGAUGAGAGGGUAGGGAUCUCCAAGGACGCCCCCCGCAGACUGCAGUGGUUUCUGAAUUUGCCCAAUGGAUUCAGCAAUAACCUGGCGUUCCAGAGCGCUGGACAGGCACUUGAUGAGCCCAUCGUGCCCUUGAAGCGGCCAUCAAGGAAGGGGCGUAAGAGGCCUCAUGUCGACUAUCCUGCCACUCAUGCAAACACAGAAGUGCCGACCACUAAUGGGUACAGAGUACUCGACAGACUCCCUCCUCUCGACCUAAGUGGCCAAUGCGUGUUGCUUCUUGGUAUGGUCUAUGCCAAUGAGAAACGGCGGGAAUGUGAAGGCCAAGGCAUGCGCGAUACUAAGAGAAUUGUAGCGUUGGAAAAGGAAUUCGAUUGCCGUGUCUUCACGGUGGAUAAGACUCAUCCAGAGCGGGUCGGCUAUGUCACCGACAAUGUCCUGCGACACAUUCAGAGCAACUUCAAUGACCCCAGACGGAUGCUCAGCUCCUUCCAACAGGCAUGGGGGAAAGAGGGUCGUCAGCAGUUUCGCUUAGUCGCUCUGGACUACUUCAGGAGUCCAGCCGGAUGGUCCGAAACGAAUUGGAGCAAAGCGUUCUUUGACCAUACCCUACCAGCCCUCUGUACAGAAGGAUGGAUGCCCGACGACGGCCGCUUGAUACUGCCUAACACUACUUGCACCAUGGAUGGUAUCCGAGCUUCUGAGGACCUGCAAGCCUGCUUCAAUGUAGCGGUACUCCAGGACCCUGAUGAUAACCCGCUCUGGGCCGCUACAAGAACGCUGGAGGCCCACGGGACACUCUAUAGUAUGAGCGGUCACUAUACUAACGAUACCGAGCGGAGGCACUUGGACGAGCUAGCGCCCUUCAUCCAGCUCACUCCCAUACCUGGUAUGUCUGGGUCGAAGAUGAAGAGGAAUGGUGAUUGA